GUUCCCUGCCAGGACACAGGACUGUGCCUUUGUCUCUCCCACAGGUGUCCCAGCCAGAGCAGAGGCCCCGUGCCCGGGAAUGGGCAGAGCUCAGCAGAACACCACAGCAGGCAGCUGAGGAGAGGAAUGCAGAUACCACAAGAUGCUCAACUCCAGCAGCAACUCCUCAGGGAGCAACUGCAGCCACAGCACAGUGAUCACCACCACGGUCAUCCCCCUGCUCUACUGCCUCAUCUUCCUCGCUGGGCUCUCUCUCAACGCCCUGGCAGCCUGGGUCUUCCUCCACGUUCCCAGCACUAAGAGUUUCAUUGUCUAUCUCAAGAACAUCGCUGUGGCUGAUCUCCUCAUGAGCCUGACCUUUCCUUUCAAAAUCCUGGCUGAUUCCGAAAUUGCACCCCCAGAGCUGAACCUGUUUGUGUGCAGAUACUCAGCAGUUGUGUUCUACAUGAACAUGUACAUUGGCAUCUCCUUCUUCGGCCUCAUAGGCUUUGACAGGUACUACAAAAUCGUGAAGCCUUUGUUCACCUCCUUUGUUCACACAGUUAACUACAGCAAGGUGGUCUCUGUCAUCAUAUGGCUCUUACUGAUGGUUAUGUCAUUCCCAAAUAUGAUUUUGACUAAUGAAAUCACUAAAGACUCCACGAAAUGUAUAGGUCUUAAAAGCGAGCUUGGCAGACAGUGGCACAAAGCAACAACCUAUAUUUGCACAGGGAUUUUCUGGAUUGUUUUUUUCCUGCUAAUCGUAUUUUACACUUCUAUAUCCAAAAAAAUAUACAGCUCUUACAAAAAAUUCCGGAGGAGCUCAGACAUGGCCAAGAGAAAAACCAGCCGGAACAUAUUCACCAUCAUGUUUGUGUUUGUCAUCUGCUUUGUGCCCUACCACCUCUGCAGGACCCCGUACACCCUGAGCCAGACCAGCUCCCACUUCAGCUGCCAGUCCCAAAAAUCGCUGUUCUACGCCAAGGAGUUCACUCUGGUGCUGUCUGCUGCAAACGUCUGCCUCGAUCCUAUUAUUUAUUUUUUCCUCUGCCUCCCCUUUAGAGAAAAGCUGUAUCAAAAACUGCAUCUCAAGCUGACAGCCUCAAGCGAGGCUGAAAUUUCUAAAUCCAGAAGAUCAAAUACGCUUCGGGAAAGUAUAAACAUAGUGUAGGUUUGUGUCUCUACAAUAAUGUACAUUUCAGGAGCUAUUGAUGAACAAAUGUCCCAAGGAAACUGAGCACACCACAGCCAGCAGCAAACAGGAGAGGGCUCAGCUCAGCACCAGGUGCUGCUUGUCUGUG